CGCGCUCUUAGCCCGCCUCCUGCUCCGCUGCUGUCCUCUCCUCUCCUGAACGCUGAUGUGUUACUAACUUCAGCCUACAACUCUGACAAAAUGUUCAAUUUCGGUUCAAAACUGCUGCUGCUGUUUCUCCUGGCCUUCCCCUGUGGAUUAAUAUCCAUCGGCUACGUGUCUGCAGACUCGGACUCUGCUGAGGACAUCGCUGAGGACCCAGAUGCUGCAGUAGAUGAGGAGGAAGACGAUGAAGACGUGCUUGUUGAGGAAGAUCAGAUGCAACCAACGGAAGGAGAAGAAGACGACACUGAUGACGCGGCAGAUAAACAGUUAACGUCUCACCCUGAUGCCGACACGACCAUCAUCUUCAUGACAGGAGAAGAGUUCCCUGCCAAUGAAAUCGUGAGGUUCCUGGUGGGUUUCACCAACAAGGGAAGUCAGGAAUUCAGCGUUCAGUCGUUGGAGGCUUCCUUCCGUUACCCCCAAGACUUCCAGUUUUACAUUCAGAAUUUCACAGCUUUGCCUCUGAACACGGUGGUGCAGCCUCAGACUCAGGCCUCCUUCGAGUACUCCUUCAUCCCAGCUCAGCCCAUGGCGGGCCGCCCAUUUGGUCUUGUUAUCCUCCUCAACUAUCUUGACACUGAGGGCAACGUGUUCCAGACUGCCAUUUACAACCAGACUGUCACCAUCACUGAGCUGGAGGAGGGACUGGACGGAGAAACAAUGUUCAUGUACAUCUUCCUGGUUGGACUGGUGUCCCUGAUGGUGUUUGCAAUGUACCAAGUCCUGGAGACGAGGACGAAAAAGAGAAUCUCAGUGAAAAUCGAGAAGGGCACUGGUGGCAUGAACGAUGUAGACAUCAGCUGGAUUCCUCAGGAGACUCUCAACGUCAUGAACAAGGCUUCCCCUAAAGCUUCUCCACGGAAACGAACCAACAGGGCAGCUGGUACAGAUCAAUAAACUGUCCUGUUUUCAAUCCUUCAUUAUAUUGUCCAUCAGGCUUUCAAAGCUCACUUCCUCACCACAGUAACCCGAUUCCCAUUUACAUCAAAUGGAUCAACAUUUCCAGUUGGAGCAGUGCGUUUAAGAUGUUUGUAUGGAUCUCAGCGUCUCAUCCUGCUGAGAGCGUCCUGGACUCUGCUGCUCUGACCAUUUAGACACUAACAGGACUGAACUGCAGUUCAGUUUUAAAGGGACUUUUUUUAUCAGUAUGUCUGUGUGUGAAAGGUGAUAAAAGUUGAACCAAUAAGUCAUUAAAGUUUUAAUGUAAAAACAAAGGGAUUGUGGUACAAACUGCCCCACAGAAGAAACUGAACACAUCGACCCUCCACCUGUUUGAAUGCUGCUGUGUCUUUAUAAUUGCAUCAGAGUUUAAUGUAAUUUUAGUUGUAGAUUUGUUGUCUGCAUUUAUAGGCUGUAAACAUUCCUACAAUAUGUCACCAUUGUGCCUUAUCUGCCCUGUGUCCACAGUGUCAAGCAAAGCUUUAAUAUAAAGAAAAACGUGUCCCACUGAUACCCCUCUGCUUUUGAAAUCUUGUUACGUAUGAGGUUUAUAAAGUAAAAAACGUUUCUCAGUGGGCCGAUGGCUGCAGUUACAGCAAACAUUAAAACAGUGUUCUCUGGAGGUUUCUGCUGUUAGUUUUGAUUGUUUUUUCUCUUUGUAAUGCAACUGUUGCUCAGUGGAGCGUUUAAAACUCUUUACUAAGUGCCAGUGGUGCAGUCUGUCAGAUUGCAUGCCUUACUUUUGGAAAAAAAUGUUUUUUUCAAAAACAAUAAAAGGGUGAACCAAA